AUGGGGGUCGCGCCGGGCGCGGGGGCGCGGUGCGGUACCCGGGGUGCGGUGCCCGCGGUGCGGAGCGGAGCGAUGUCCGGGGCGCGAAGCGCUGCCCGCGGUGCGUUCCUGGCGGAGCGGAGCGGUGUCCGGGGCGCGUCGCGGUGCCCGCCGUGCGCUCCCCUCCCGGGCGCGGCGCUCGGCCCUGGCAGCGCCGCGGCUGCUGCGCCUGCGGCCGCCGCCGAUGUCGCACCAUUUGGCUGUCACCCUGUCGCAAACGCCGCCGCUGCUUUGCGGCUCCCGGCGGCACGUGACGGCGCGGGAGGAAGAGCGGCCUCGCUCGCGGGCGGCGCGCGACCCCCUCGUGACACCCCCGCGCGGGCUCCGCGGCGCGAGGCCCCUCAGCCCUCACGGGCCCCUCGCCCUCCUCGGACCCCUCGGACCCCUCUGCCCCCUCACUCUCCUCUGCCCCCUCACUCUCCUCAGCCCCGCGGCCGCCUCGCCGCCUGCCUCCCUCCACACUCCGCCGCUGCCUCUUCCCCGUCCGUUAAGCUCCGGUGCUGGGAAAUCCUCCAGUGGUGGCGGGAGUUUGGGGGGGGGGGGCGUGUGCCACAUCCCUGGUGUUGGGGGCUUCAGGGGCUCGGCUCCCCUAGGCCCAGGAGGCAGGUGAAACCCUCGGUUUGUGGGUUAGCGAAGGCAGGUAGCUCAGGAAGGAGAGGUCACGCUUGUCUCAAGCGCCCGGAGAGAGGGCAGCCACCUGCCGCCCUGGGGACCUGGAGCAGUGGCCCAGGAGGUUGUGAGUCUGGAAAACACGAGGCAGCCCUGGACAACUGUAGCUCUACAUUUAAGUACUGUGACAGUGAAUUACUGAGCAAGCAGGAACAUUCUGAUGCAAGUGACAUUGAGGAAAACCUGUGCAAUUAUCCAGCUGUACUUACACCGUUAAGGGAGGUCAUUCUGGAUCACAGGGAGGCCCUUCCAAGCAAUAAAAUUCUAUGUUAUCAUUCUCCCAAGGCAGAGUGGAGGUAUAAAGCAGCUAUGUCAGUCAGCAACUUCCGUGCCAAGAAAUGGGGAAGAGUUGCUUUAAGGCCACAAGAUCGUUAUGCAGUCAUCAGACUUCCAUGUGGCAGUGGUAGCAAGUCCAGUAUAUGGAUCAAAUCCUUAAAUAUGUACAAGAACCUAAAUCCUUUCCAUCUCUGGCCCAAGAACAGCAUCUCUACUGGAGUUUUCCAGAUCCGAUAGUGGGUACGGAUUGCCUUUCUCAGGGAGCUGCCAUGGUCAGGGCAGAUCAGGCUGGAGGCUGGGCUGUGGUGUCGCGGUACUUUCAAGCAAACAGAGC